AUGCACACGUGGCCUCCGAGAUCAGAGUGCACGCUCGGUCACUGGAAUCUCGGAGGCAAUGAUGCACCUAUCACUGACUCGUCACUGGAGAUGAGUAUGGCUAGCGGGGGCAUCUGCCAAGCAAACACAGCUCACCGGGCCCACGCGCUGGAGGCCCAGUCUGCCCUGAAUAACACCGGCAGUGGACUGCUAGUCAUGUUCAGCUCGACGCUGGCGGUUGUGGACUACGUGGGCGAGAGCGGUGCGCCGGGUCCCACGGCGCCCGGACACGAGUGCGAGUCGAACUUGGCGCUCGACAUCGACAUCAUUUGCAACACCAGCGCCAUGCAGAAUUAUCGCACCGACAUCUACGAUGCCGUGGAGGUGGCCAGGUACAACGUCGACGUCUUCGCGCACUUCGCCAGCUUCGAGAGCAAGAAGACGCUGGAGAGAAAGAUGGACAUUUACCUUAACUACACUUCGGGGGGCUGGGCCGUGUUCGACAUCCAGCGUGACGUGUCAGCCUGGUGCCUGAGCCCCGACCCGUACCACCGGCUACAGGCGAUGGCCGUCAAAUUGCAAGGAGGUCAGGCAAAACGUGGGAUGAUUCGCCGGCACUUCUAUCACCAGACGCGUCGCGUGAGCGCCUCUGUUUGCCUUUCGGAAGAGCGGCUCAACUUGUCAGGGAGACCAACAGAGCUCAACUGUCAAGCGUUCAAGUGCGAUUGUUCAAUGGCAAACACUAUACUGUUGCACGAAACUGCUUACCUGUGCAAACCCAUUGUUUGGCAACCGACGAAUUUUUGUGUUGUUUCGAAAUUUCGGCUGCCCAUCUUCCAUUGUUACGCUCUCCUAAUGUUCGCGUUCUGUUUUAAUAGCUUUUGUACUCCUACCUCUUGCUGUAGUGCAUCUAAAUAAAUACAACCUAGAGAAAGGUGCCAUUCAAGACGAAAUAUGUGGCAAUCGUUUUCUAAAUAAUAAAGCCACUGGGACGAUUUGAAAGGUUGUGUAUUGAAUUUAUUUAAUAGAUUGUCCCCGUAUGGCCGGGGUUACUAUAAAGAUCUAAAAAAUCAGCACCUUUUGAUGCUAAUCUUGUCCCAAUACUCCCCAUUUACCUUGCGUGC